UGAUGCUAAUUUAGACAUUGGUUAUUUUGCUUGUUCUUUGGGCUGAUUGGAUACAUUGACAUAUUCGUUACACUAGAUCGCAAUAUCUGCCGCAAGGAAUAUGGUAUGAAAAGAAAAUGGAGCCACAAAUUUAAAAUGCAGAUCUGAAUAAUCUGCAGUAUCGUAAAACAGUUUUCAGAACACGUAACACUUCGUUGGAAGACAUAUUCAGUUUAAGCGGAACUAAAGGACAGACGGCCGAUAACAAUUAGGAAGAAAUAUGGAGGUGCACAAUAGUGAGUAGUAAAGGGAAUGUCAGUGUUGCAUGAACGGAUUCGAAAACAAAAAACGAAAAAUAAAAGCACAAGUACAGGACACACACCUGAAAUAUGCCUGCUGGGGUGUCCUGGCCACGCUACCUGAGGAUGCUGGGAGCCAGUAUCUUAGCCAUGUUUGCGGGGGCUGAAGUUGUCCAUCGCUACUAUCUUCCUGACUUGACAAUUCCAGAAACACCACCCAAGCCUGGGGAGCUGAGAACUGAACUGCUGGGACUGAAAAACCAUCAAGAUCCUGGUUCAGAGAAGCAGUGAAUCCAUUAAAGUUUGUGUUGCAGGUAAUGGCUAUGCAGCAAGAUGUGAAGUGUUGAAGUUUCCGUUAAGACAUCAGACAUCUCUUUCCAGAAACAUUUAAUGGUUCACAUGGCAGGAUGAUCUCGCUCCAUAAAAAUGGUCAGUUAAAUAUUAACAAAUUUACAGUCAUGAGGAAUGCUUUUUAAAAAACACAAACAAACCUAGACCAGACAGUCCCUCCCCACCCCCCAACCACCAGAAACUCCAAGCAGGACACUACUUGAUGGAUCUGGCUGAAUCUUCAGCUCCCAGCCACAUUUCCGUUUCUUAGUGUGCCUUAAAGUUCAUCUUUUUCUGUUGAAUCCUGUCAACAAGGAAAAAAAGUUUGUUAUUGGAGUAGAAGCUGGGUUCUGAUUCCCAGUACAAGUACACAAUACUAGUCAAGAACAGAAUCACAUUCUAGACAAUUAAUCUGCUCACCGUUUCUUCCUCUUUAGUUUCCUCUUCAUCCUCAGCCUCCUCCUCCUCAGCUGGUUCAGGUUCUUCUUCUGGCUCCUCCUCCACCUACAGGGACAGAGGAUCAUUUAAAUCCCAUCUCAAAAACCCCUACAUCAUACACCUUUUGAUCCGAGUUGUAUCUUCUCUUUGCCAAUAAAGUUCAGCAUUUAGAUGUACAA